AGAGAGAGCGAGGGAAGGAAAAAAAAAAAAAAAAGGAGCGAAGAAGGGAAGGAAAGAGGGAAGAGAGGAAAAAAAAAAAACCCGGCCGGAGCCAUGGCCGGGCUGCGGAGCUGCGGGCUGCUCCUCUGCCUGCUCCUGGCCCGGGCCCUGCGCUUCCCGGACUAUUCCUACGUGCUGGAGGAAGAGGAGGAGGAGGACGAGGAGCCCCUGGACUACAAGGACCCCUGCAAAGCCGCCGCCUUCCUGGGCGACAUCGCCCUGGACGAGGAGGACCCUGCGCUCUUCCAGGUGGACCGGGUGGUGGACCUGUCCCGUCACACCGUUACCUCCAGCCUGCCCUCCAACUCCUCAGGUACCACCACACCCCAAAGCCCCCCACCCACCUCCACACCCUCCCACGGUGGGCACUCCACCAGCCCCUGGCCGGGCCACCCUCGGCGCAGCCGGGGCCGGCAGCGGAGCCGCCGGGCAGCCACGUCCCGUCCGGAGCGAGUGUGGCCGGACGGGUCAUCCCCUACGUCAUCAGUGCAACUUCAGCUCAUGCGGCACUGGGAGAAGCACACCCUUGUCACCUUCCUGGAGCGCAACGACGAGGACAGCUACAUCGUGUUCACCUACAGACCCUGUGGGUGCUGUUCCUAUGUGGGCCGCCGGGGAGGGGGACCCCAGGCCAUCUCCAUCGGCAAGAACUGCGACAAGUUCGGCAUUGUGGUGCACGAGCUGGGCCACGUCAUCGGGUUCUGGCAUGAGCACACGCGCCCCGACCGGGAUGACCACGUCUCCAUCAUCCGGGAGAACAUCCAGCCAGGGCAGGAAUACAACUUCCUGAAGAUGGAGCCGGAGGAGGUGGAGUCGCUGGGGGAGACUUAUGACUUCGACAGCAUCAUGCACUACGCCAGGAACACCUUCUCCAGGGGCAUCUUCCUGGACACCAUCCUGCCCAAGUACGACGUGAACGGCGUCCGGCCGGCCAUCGGGCAGAGGACACGGCUCAGCAAAGGGGACAUCGCCCAGGCCCGCAAGCUCUACCGCUGCCCAGCCUGCGGGGAGACACUCCAGGACAGCCAGGGCAACUUCUCCUCGCCGGAAUUCCCCAAUGGAUACUCUGCCCACAUGCACUGCGUCUGGAGGAUCUCCGUCACCCCCGGAGAGAAGAUCAUCCUGAAUUUCACCACCCUGGACCUGUACCGAAGCCGGCUGUGCUGGUACGACUACGUGGAGGUGAGAGACGGGUUCUGGAGAAAGGCCACGCUGCGAGGCAGGUUCUGCGGGAACAAGCUGCCCGAGCCCAUCAUCUCCACCGACAGCCGCCUCUGGGUCGAGUUCCGGAGCAGCAGCAACUGGGUGGGCAAAGGAUUCUUCGCUGUCUACGAAGGAGCCAUCUGUGGGGGGGACGUGAAGAAGGACAACGGGCACAUCCUCCCCAACUACCCCGACGACUAUCGGCCCAGCAAGGUGUGCGUCUGGAAAUCACCGUCUCGAGGGCUCCACGUGGGAUUGACCUUCCAGUCCUUCGAGAUCGAGCGGCACGACAGCUGUGCCUACGACUACCUGGAGAUCCGGGAUGGCAGCACGGAGUCGAGCAGCCUCAUCGGCCGCUACUGCGGCUACGACAAGCCCGACGACAUCAAGAGCACCUCCAACAGGCUCUGGAUGAAAUUCGUCUCCGACGCCAUCAACAAGGCGGGUUUCGCCGUCAACUUCUUCAAAGAGAUGGACGAGUUCCGGCCCAACAACGGCGGCUGUGAGCAGCGCUGCGUCAACACCCUGGGCAGCUACAAGUGUGCCUGUGACCCUGGCUACGAGCUGGCAACCGACAAGCGCCGCUGCGAGGGUGACGCCUGCGGAGGUUUCCUCACCAAGCUCAACGGCUCCAUCACCAGCCCGGGGUGGCAGGAAUACCCCCCCAACAAGAACUGCAUCUGGCAGCUGGUGGCCCCCACCCAGUACCGAUCCCUCCAGUUCGACUUCUUCGAGACCGAGGGCAACGACGUGUGCAAGUACGACUUCGUGGAGGUGCGCAGCGGGCUGACGGCCGACUCCAAACUGCACGGCAAGUUCUGCGGCGCCGAGAAGCCCGACGUGAUCACCUCGCAGUACAACAACAUGAGGAUCGAGUUCAAGUCUGACAACACCGUCUCCAAAAAGGGCUUCAAAGCCCAUUUCUUUGCAGAGAAGAAGCAGCAGCUGCAGCCCCCGAAAUCUCGCCCGCCCGGCCUGAAGUUCCGCCUGCAGAAGCGGCUGCGGGGCCCGUCCUGACGCUCCCUCCUCUCCAUCUCUCUCAGGAACUCCGCGGCCCGGAGCCGUGCGGGAGCACGGCGGGACCGAGCCGAGCCGUGCCGCCGGCCCCCCGGCAGCCUUUUGCUUGACAGAACUGGUUGUUGACCUUAUUUUAAUUUUUUUUUUUUUUUUUUUUUUUAAAAAUUUUUUUUUUUUUUUUUAAUUUCCAAGCACCCCAUCCCCUUGGUUUUUUUUGUCGUUUAUCAGCUGACCUUGGUUUUUUUUUUUUUCCCCCCACCCCACCCUUCCGAUUUUUACCGUGUCUGUGACAUCUCCUAUCGAUGAGUAAAGAGGGACUCCCGCGUCCUGGUCUUUUCUUGUGCACUUUGGUUGUCACUGUGUGUUUUUCUGCCUCCCCCCUCACCCCGUCCAUCCCGGCAGCAGGUAAUGGUGGCACCCAUGGGUGAGCCCACGGGAGAGGAGGACCCAUCCCGUCCCUGGAUGGGGCUGGAUUUGGGAGCAGGACGCUGGAGCUCUGCUUGCUGCUGGCCGUGGGCGCUUGCUUGGCUGGGUGCUCAGCAGAGGGGUGGGGCUGGGGGGGGGGCGCUGUGCCAGGCUGGAAUACCCCACUCCAGGGUUUUCCCACCCCGCUCAGUGAUGCCUCUGCUCU